AUGUUCAUUUUGACUAAAAUCUCUGAUUUGGUGCGGGUUCCACCAGAUCAAUUCCACAGACACCCUAAGGCGUCCAUCUUCCACCAACUCAACAAUAAGUUCGCCAAUAAGGUGAUACCACACGUCGGACUUUGUAUUACCAUCUACGAUUUGCUGGCAGUCGAGGAGGGACAAUUAAAGCCCGGAGACGGUGCUGCCUACAUCAACACAACGUUCAGAGCCUUAGUGUUCAAACCCUUCGUGGGCGAAAUCAUAACAGGCUGGAUCUCCCAAUGUACAGUAGAGGGAAUCAAGGUCUCGCUUCUGGGGGUUUUUGACGACAUCUUCAUUCCUCACAAAAUGAUGUUCGAAGGGUGCUAUUUUUCACCAGACGACAACGCCUGGGUAUGGCCCAUGGACGAGGAAACAAAACUGUAUUUCGAUGUGAACGAAAAGAUUAGGUUCCGUGUAGAGCGGGAGAUUUUCGUGGACGUAAAACCCAAGUCUCCUAAAGAAAGAGAGGCAGAGGAACAGAGCGAACAAAGUGAAGAGGGCGGAGACGAAAAUAAAAAACCAAAGGUAGAAAAACCUCCUGCAUACGCGCUUCUGGGCUCUUGUCAAACUGAUGGGAUGGGUCUCGUUGGCUGGUGGGAAUGA